AUGCGGAGAUACCGCAGCCGACGCAUCGCCAUGGUCUUCCAAGAGCCCAUGUCUUCGCUCAACCCUGUUAUCAACAUCGAAACUCAGCUGACCGAAGGCAUGAUCACGCAACUCAGCCUGACCAACCGCCAAGCCAAAGACCGCGCGCUGGAACUUCUCGAAACCGUCGGCAUCUCCGACCCCGAACGCCGUUUGGCGCAGUCCCCCACGAAUUCUCCGGCGGCAUGA